GAUGCUGAACCCCCAAAUAUGCCAUCUUCGCUCUGGAGUUGCUGUAAAACAAAUGGAAGCUUUCCUGAGGAAAGCUAUGCUUCCUUGAAGAACUAUCUGCUUUAGGAUCCACUGUAUAUAUGUAUGUAUAUACGCACACAUAUAAAUUCUCUUAUGUUCAUCAUUGGUGGCUCUCUCUUCUUACAAGAAUCCCCUAUCCCUGAACAACCUGCAGCAGGGUGAGUGACUGUCUACACCUGAGGGCUCAGGUAUGCAUGAAGGAAUGUUUCUGAGACUGAAGGUGUCUCCAUUCCCACAAUGUCUGUCUUCAAUAGCUCUGCUCUAUACCCUCGCUUCCUCCUGACAGGCCUCUCAGGCCUUGAAAGCAGAUAUGGCUUGAUUUCCCUCCCCAUCUUCUUUGUUUAUGCCACCUCAGUUGCAGGGAACAUUACUAUCCUAUUUAUCAUCAGAACUGAGCCUUCCCUGCACCAACCAAUGUACUACUUUCUGUCAAUGUUGGCACUUACUGACCUGGGCCUAUCCACUACAACCUUGCCUACAAUGUUCAGUGUCUUCUGGUUCCAUGCACGGGAGAUCUCCUUCAACACUUGUCUGGUCCAGAUGUACUUCAUUCAUGUUUUCUCAAUUAUCGAGUCAGCCGUUCUGUUAGCCAUGGCCUUUGACCGCCUCGUAGCCAUCCGAGAGCCCUUGCGCUAUGCGGCCAUUCUAACCAAUGGUGUCAUCAUUGGGAUUGGGUUGGCAAUUGCUGGAAGGGCUUUGGCUCUGGUCUUUCCAGCUUCCUUCCUCCUAAAGAGGCUUCAAUAUCGGCCUGUCAAUAUUCUCUCCUACCCUUUCUGCCUGCACCAGGACCUCAUAAAGACAACUGUGUCCAGCCGCCGAGUCAGCAGCAUCUAUGGCCUCAUAGUGGUCAUUUGCUCCAUGGGACUUGAUUCAGUGCUCCUCCUCCUCUCCUAUAUCCUCAUCCUUGGCACAGUGUUGAGUAUAGCCUCCAAAACAGAGAGGGUGCGAGCUCUCAAUACCUGUAUCUCCCACAUCUGUGCUGUCCUUACCUUCUAUACACCAAUGAUUGGGCUAUCUAUGAUCCGGCGUUAUGGGCAGAAUGCUUCCCCAAUUGUCCAUGUGCUCAUGGCCAAUGUCUACUUGCUGGUUCCACCCCUCAUGAACCCCAUUGUCUACAGUGUCAAAACCAAGCAGAUUCGUGACAGAAUUCUCAAGAAAUUCAAACAACAGAAAGUUUAGGGAAAAGAGGUUCUAAAAUACAACUUUCUUCCCCCUCUUUAUAUUUAUUAGAGUACUCCACACCACUGUAGAAUUUUCAAUUUAUAUAUUAGUGAUAAUGUUUUGACUUUAAGAAACUAGACACAAACCUCAACAACAGUAAAUCUUAUCUUUUUGGUGUAGAGAAUAAAGGCAUGAUUUUGUUUUACAUUCAUGUUGACAUACUAAAGAAUAUGGUCCUUAAACCCAGGUUGGGCCAUUCUUAGAAGAACUCUUUUAAUAACCAGCAAUAAAUGUUUGUGAAACUAAGAUUCAUCAAAUCAGCAAUCUCGUGAAGUUAUUCAUCACACCUUGUUAAAGCCCUCAAUUUCUAGAGAAGAUUUAGGUUAUGACACUGGGUCUCCUAUGGGUUCUGUAGUCAAGAGCUAUAAUAUUUGCUCAUGAAAUAGACCGUAUUAUGAAAGUAUUUUUAAUGCAUUUUUUAAAAAAUCCUCUGUUCAGGAGAGAAAAAUGAUUCCAGGAAGAAAGACUUCUUCUAUAAAGAGAAGUUCCAUGACAAAUGGGCAAAGCUCAGGAUGUUUUCAGAAGCAUUAAAGGAAGACACCUUGGCCCAAAUUAUUAAACUGAUUAGAGUGGCUCUCAGAUGAUCCCAAACCAUCAUGUUUCUGUGUUUAGAAACUUAUGGAGGCUUUUAUAUUCUGAGUAGGCAGACACUUCUGAGACCCACAUUUCACCCAUUUUGAUCUGCUUUUAACCUGUUAGUUACUGAAGAGAGAUGUCAAAGGCUCCAAAACAUCAUAACACAUUUGUCUAUUUUUUUCUUGGUUAUGCUAUCAGCUUUUCCCCAACUAUUUUAAUGCUACGUUGUUAGGUAUGUAGAUGUUAAGAUUUGCUAUGUCUCUCUGGGUAGUCCCUUCAUUAAAAUGUAAUGUUCUUUAUCCUUGAAAAUUUCUUUCAUUCUAAAGUAGUCUUUUCUGACUUCUGGCCAAGAUGGAGGUGUAGGUAGAUACAAUGCCUCCUCACA